GGGAUACAAAAAAUGCAGAGCAAUAAAACCUUUAGCUUGGAGAAGCAAAAUCAUGCUCCAAGAAAGCAUCAUCAGCAUCACCACCGGCAGCAACAGCUGCCACCAAUACCUGCAAAUGGGCAACAAGCUAGCAGCCAAAAUGAAGGCUUAACUAUUGACCUGAAGAAUUUUAGGAAACCAGAAGAGAAGACCUUCACCCAAAGUAGCAGGCUCUUUGUGGGCAAUCUUCCUCCUGACAUCACCCAGGAAGAAAUGAGGAAACUAUUUGAGAAAUAUGGGAAGGCAGGCGAAGUCUUCAUUCAUAAGGAUAAGGGCUUUGGCUUUAUCCACUUGGAAACACGGACCCUAGCAGAGAUUGCUAAAGUGGAGCUGGACAACAUGCCACUCCGUGGAAAGCAGCUGUGGGUGUGCUUUGCCUGCCAUAGUGCAUCCCUUACGGUCGGAAACCUUCCUCAGUAUGUGUCCAACGAACUGCUGGAGGAAGCUUUUUCUGUCUUCGGCCAGGUGGAGAGGGCCAUAGUCAUUGUGGAUGAUCCAGGAAGGCCCUCAGGAAAAGGCAUUGUUGAAUUCUCAGGGAAGCCAGCUGCUCGGAAAGCUCUGGACAGAUGCAGUGAAGGCUCCUUCCUGCUAACCACAUUUCCUCGGCCUGUGACUGUGGAACCCAUGGACCAGUUAGAUGAUGAAGAAGGACUUCCAGAGAAGCUGGUUAUAAAGAACCACCAGCAAUUUCACAAGGAGCGGGAACAGCCACCUAGAUUUGCACAGCCUGGCUCCUUUGAGUGUGACUAUGCCAUGCUCUGGAAGGCACUCACUGACAUGGAGACACAGCAGCAGGACCAAGUGGACCGCAACAUCAAGGAAGCUCCUGAGAAACUGGAGAUGGAGAUGGAGGCUGCUCGCCAUGAGCACCAGGUCAUGCUAAUGAGGCAGGAUUUGAUGAGGCGUCAAGAAGAACUUCAGAGGAUGGAAGAGCUGCACAACCAAGAAGUGCAAAAAUGAAAGCAACUGGAGCUCUGACAGGAGGAAGAGCGCAGGCGCCCUGAGGAAGAGAUGCGGCGACAGCAGGAAGAAAUGGUGCUGCAACAGCAAGAAGGAUUCAAGGGGACCUUCCCCUAUGCGAGAGAGCAGGAGAUACGGAUGGGCCAGAUGGCUAUGGGAGGUGCUAUGGGCAUAAACAACAGAAGUGCCACCCCUGCUCCUGUGCCUGCUGGUACCCCAGCUCUUCCAGGACCUGCCACUGUGAUGCCAGAUGGAACCUUGGGAUUGACCCCACCAACUACCGAACGCUUUGGCCAAGCUGCUCCAAUGGAAGGAACAGGGGCAAUUGGUGGAACCCCUCCUGCAUUCAACCGUGCAGCUCCUGGAGCUGAAUUUGCUCCAAAAAAACAUCGCCGAUACUAA